ACAACCACAACACCCGAUGCCGAAAUGCCAAUGUUUUGUUUGCUCAGAUGAUGCCUCCAGCUAUAGCUUUGACGAUCAUUAUGCGGCUGUGUUUCUUUUGCUGGAUUGCUCUCUUCCUGUGCCUACAGACGGUGGCUGGGGGCAAGUUUCGGCACGCACGCGCCCACGAUGGCUUCCACAACAUCAAUAAAGAGGCACGCUGGCGGCAUUCGCCACGUCAGUAGGCUCAUCAAAAAAACAAUCAACCCAAUAGUCAAGGAUAAUUCGAGAAGGUUGCCGCCACAUGCAAUAUUUAGAAUCACUUCGAAUUUACUAUACAAUUAAUAAAAAUAAAUGUAUGCGAGCUUUGAAAA